AUGUCGGAGUACAAGUGGCAAUUCAGAGAUGAAAACGGCUACUGGAUCGAUUACGGAAAUGUCAGCUCUGGUAAUGACCUAGAUUGUCGUGUGACUGCCUCCUCAGUAACCAUAGAGCGAGAGUUUGCUAAAAAUCCUAAUUCGAAAAUUCAAAUCAGCAGUCUAGAACAUAAUUACACUCUUGAUUUCACCACGAUGAAACAGACCAACUUGAAAACCCAAGUCACCAGGGACGUCCGACGAGUGAAAGAUCCUUUCCGUUGUGUUGUGAAUUUCCAUCGGCAUAUGUCUCCAGAAAUUACAGAAAUUACACCAGAAGAUGGUGAGUACACAAGAGCUCUACAACUGCUGAAACCCACAUCACCAAACUUCAACCUCCACAGCCUCUUUAAAAUCAACAACCAUUACCUAGAAACUGCGUUUGAAAACAAGAGAGCUCAACUUCAACAUCAGAAUCCAACUGUUCAGUACGAGGUGAAAUGGCUCUUCCAUGGCACGAGCUCAAGCAACGUCACAUCCAUUGCCGACGGUAACAUCGACUGGCGACUGCAUGGAUCCAAGACUGGACAACUGUACGGAAGAGGAGCUUAUUUCGCAUCCCAAGCAAGUGAAUCUCGACGCUAUGGCGAUACAGUUUUCAUCUGCAAUGAUCUCGUAGGACUCACCACCACCGGCGACUCAAAUACCAUCAAGCCUCCGAAAGACGAAUACAAGCGCCCCUUCGACACCACGGUUAACGAUACCGCCAACCCGUAUAUUUUCGUCAAGUUCAAUUCUCAGGAGUACUACCCGGUGUACUACGCCUUGUUUUGA